AUGGAGCAUGCCCAAACAGAUGCUCGAACGAUGCCAGUUGAGGUGAUUCAGCUCAUUGUCUCACAUUUACCGCCUUCAAAGAAAUUCGCAGCGCGUCUAGCCAGCAAAUCCUUCUACGCUGCGGCGACCCCCGAAGCUUUCAAGCACAUCAAGCUCGACGCCAAAAGCUCAAAACGGUUCGAACGGAUUGCGGAAACACCGAAACUUAGGCGAUAUGUCAGGGAGAUUACAUUCGACGCCAGGGGCAGUUCUCGCUCGCUGAAUAUUAAUGACGACACAUCGUUCCGAGCUAGAGAAUUCUUCAAAGCUUUACCAUUCAUACGGUUUUAUUCAGGCUUGAAGACUUUGAACUUAGUGUUCAACCGUGGCAGUGAUAUUCCGCUUUCUAGUCACGAAACCGGAUCUGGCGUUGAUUAUGACACGAGAUAUUGCAUCAGGCAUUGGGUGAUGAUUGCAACAUUUCACUGCAUUCUCGGAAGUCGCAUUCUGGAUUCAAACGCUAACGCUGUGGACGAAUCUGUUGUAUCACACGGUCUUAUGAAGCACCUGACGGCAAAACUUGGGAUAACAGAUGAGGCGUACUGGGGCUUUUUGAAAGAGGAGCGACCUACAAUCCAUAUAGAGCAGCUGUCAAUCACCAAUCUCGCCCAGGCUAAUACGCUAGACUAUGGACUUCACGAAGUAAAUGACCAAGGCGACACAAUGGAUCCAUUUACAGAGUGGCCGGUCUUCAAGCAGAUAACCUCUUUGCCCAGUCUGAGGAAGCUAAACCUUAUGAUCGCCCCUGAUAAGAAGAAAUUACGCGAAAGCGAUGAAUACACCGAGACGUAUACUUUCGAACCACGAAGUAGGGUGCGAUUUGUUGUGGACUGCCUACCCAAGUGGUUUACACCCGCUGCUGCUCGCAACCUCACCGUAUUAUCUCUUCAUUAUGACGAUAUCUGGGGUUACUACCCAAAGUUUGAUUUUCGCUGCAUAAACCCAGGAGAUCACCCAGAAGCGGGUUUUCCGCAUCUCAGAGUUCUUUCAUUGUCCAGGUAUUGCUUCAGUCAUGAGUGGCAGAUGGACUGGAUCGCGUCUCUUGGAAGAUGUGGUUUACGGGAACUUUAUCUGGAUGAAUGCGUUCUUCUAUCAGUCGCAUACUGUUACAUAAAUCCAAAAGAGGCGGAUAUCGAUGGCUUCUGUGUUAGAGAUGUCGACGGGAACGAAAUAAGGGUCUCAAACCACGGAUAUCUGCCGGAUUCUUGGAGGGGAGGUCACAGCCAGGAUCCUUGGGUUGCUUACUACCAACCUAACCUUCGAUGGCGUCAUUUCUUUGACCACUGGCGUACCAACAUGCCCUCACUGGUAGUCUUCAAGAUGGGAGCUACAGAGACACAUACCACUUGGUCUAGGGUGAGAAUGAGUGACCAUUGGGUAGAGAACUCGCCUCCCCCCACCGCAAUUCCAUCUGGCCACUUAUUCAUGUUAACAAAAGCCGAUGCGCAUAACAAAUUCCAGGACUUGAAUUACCGUCGAGAUAUUCGGAUGGCGGAGCUAAAAGUGCCGUUCUACGUUGCGUUUUCUCCUGAACCUCUCGAUGUAGGAUCCCAAAACUUCCGACCCUGGGUAUUUUUGCCAGUGACCGAGGAUGAGUUUUCAAAGGGAAGUCAGGAUAUGGAGGAUCUAAAAGAUGAUAUAAAAGCGUUAGGGGUGUUUAGAGAAACGGUAAAAACUCAAGCCCAGACAAGGAAGUUGGGCUGA